UAAAUGUCAACAGACAUGCAAGCAUGAGAAAGAAACGCAAAACAACCGAGGACAAAAAACAGGCAGAAGGUUUAUUUCAGAUCCGGAAGACGAACAGUUCACGUGGUGUGAUAAUUCAGUAUGGUGGACAGUGUUUACCGUACACGCUCUCUAGGUAUAGGUGCAGUUGGUCUUCCUGAUCAGUAUGCCGACGGUAAAGCAGCGAAAGUGUGGCAGCUGUACAUCGGAGACACUCGGAGCCGGACAGAGGAGUACAAGAGCUGGGUGUUUUCCCUGCUGAGAAAACAUGGGGUUCAGAGCGUGCUGGAUGUAGCCUGCGGUACAGGGGUGGAUUCCAUCAUGUUGGUAGAGGAGGGAUUCAAGGUGGUUAGUGUGGAUGCCAGUGACAAAAUGCUCAAAUAUGCUCUUAAAGAGAGAUGGGAGAGGAGAAAAGAGCCAGCCUUCGAUAACUGGGUAAUUGAAGAGGCCAACUGGCUAACAUUAGACGAAGAUGUUAAGAAACCUGGAGAUGGGUUUGAUGCAGUAAUCUGUCUAGGGAACUCAUUCGCUCAUUUACCAGACUUCAAAGGGGACCAGAGUGAUCAGAAGCUUGCCUUGCAAAACAUAGCCAGCAUGGUGAAACCUGGAGGGAUCCUAAUUAUUGACCACCGUAACUAUGAUUACAUCCUCGAGACUGGUCAAGCACCACAAGGAAAGAAUAUCUACUAUAAGAGUGACCUGAGGCAGGACAUCUCCACCUCAGUGUUGUGGGUUAAUAACAAGCCUCACAUGAUCACACUGGACUACACUCUAAUACUGCCCCAAGCAGAGGACAUUCAGACUCCGCCUGAGACGAGUAAAUUCCGCCUGUCAUACUACCCCCAUCGUGUGGAGAGUUUUAAGGAGAUUUUAAGAGCAUCAUUUUUGGGAAAAUGCGAGCACAAUGUAUAUGGUGACUUCAAGCAAUACACCCCAGGGCAAAGAGAAGUGCCCUGUUAUUUCAUCCAUGUGGUUAAAAAGACUACUUAAAGCCACAUGAAUUCUGCAAUUCACAUUUCAUCUUCACAUGGAAAACUGUGUUUGUCUGUGGAAAUGGCUUCGCGUCAUUUCGCGUCAUCAAUCGCGUCAGGGAAUUCUUUUAGUUGUUUUUCUUGGAAAGUGUAAAACUGAUUUAGGCAUUUCAUAUACAGUUUCGGUUGAACUGGUAAGAGGCCCACAUACUAUUAAUUGUCUUGCUUAUUAUUUCCUUUUUUUUUUUUUUUUUUUUACUUUUCACAUUACACAUUCUUGUUCUUUAAUUAUUAGAAAGAAUUAUACCACUUCUUGUUUGAUUGUUUUGAUAUCCAGAUUCCACAUUUCUACAUAAGAUAGAAUGAGUGUCUAAAUAUAGAGCCUCAAUCACUUUGUAUCUUCCAGAAUUGCUAUUCUAGAAUAACAGCUUCUUUUGCAUUGAACAUUUUUCAUUUACAUUGUACUUUACAACAGAAAAGUACAAAGAGCCUGUUCACACAGAAUUUUUUUUUUCACUGUGACUUCUUUGGACUCAUAUGUCAGAAUAUAAAACGAUAAAUAUAUAAACACCCCCUUUUCCCUCUCCCAAAUAUUAAAUCAUUGUCAUGCUAGAAUAUGUAAUAUAUUUAAAAGGAAUAUAAUUAUAAUAAUAGUUGUGACACUAUGUCACAGGUAAUCACAUCCAUGCACAUCAGACCAACAACACUAUUUGUGUAGAUAUUACUUUUAUAAAGAGUUCAAAAAACAAGUUAUUUAGUAACUUGCAUUUUAGACCCAUUAUUGCAAACUGAUAGUGUAAUGAACUAUUCAUACGCAAAGAUUAAAGCUUACACUAUCAUUUUUUUUUUCAUGUUUAAACUAUUUUUUUGCCAUUGUUGCUUUUGGCUUGCUUAUUGGGGGCUAUAACACUAUUUUCUUUUCAUCCAUGUGUAUUUAACCAUAGGUCAAGUUUAUAUGUAAAACAUGUUUAAAAGUUGGAUUAAUUAAACCAAUUAGUUACAUUGUUAAAAAAAUGGUUUAUGGGACCAUUUGAUUCAAGUAGUGCUAAGAAGUGUGAAUUACUUUGAACUUAAACAUAAAACACCAUGGUAGACCAACAGAAUUCACCCAAAUUUUGUCCACCCCAACUAAUUGUCUGAACCAUAGACGGUCAUGAACAAAGAACUUUGAACAAUAUUGAUGAAAUGUAAGGUUUUGUGAUUUCCCAGCAUGAAUUGCAGCAUGAAUAAAUUAUGAGGUUUGUAAGAGAAUUGUUGUUUCUAUUUGCUGACCAAAAAAUAAAUAAAUUGAAAACAGUUUUGUCUU